AUGGAUUCUUCCAGUUCUGCUCCUGAAGCUGACUCUGAAUUUGCCGCUGAAUUUGCCGAGAUCGAAGCAGCGAAAGACCAGCGAACGAAGGCACAGCUUUACAGCGAUUUACUCUCGAAAAUAGUCAACAAGUCAUCAUCUUCCCUUGCUCAAAAUCUUAUUAUAUUUCUAGGGUCCCUCCUCAGCGGUAAUAUUAGCAUCAUUGCAUCCCGGCCUCUUCUCGAUAGCUUCAUCACCUCCCUCAAACCCCUCCCCGCAAGCACCAGAAUAGAAGUUGGCCUGCCUGCCAUAAUAGCCCUUCAGUCACGCUCAACUUCGGUAGAAGAGCAAGAUGCCCAUUUACGUGAGACGCUUGCCGAUGCCUAUGAAGAAGUUGAAGAAUAUUCCCAGGCUGCUAGGGUGCUGCAGGCCAUUCACCUUGACAGUUCACAGCGCCAUAUAUCCGACGAGGAGAAAAUUCGCAUGUGGAUUCGGAUAAUACGUCUAUACUUGGAGGAUGAUGACGCGGGUGGUGCAGAAAUGUUUCUAAACAAAAUUAAAAACUUGCCCACCAAGACCGAAGACCCUGUGUUGCGCCUACAUUUCCAAUUGUCCCAGGCUAGAAUCCUCGAUGCACGACGACGAUUCCUUGAGGCUAGCCAAGAAUACCUGGCUGUCAGCUUGGCCAGCGGUGUUGAUGAGGAAGAUCGGCUACAAGCUCUUUCGGCAGCAAUAAGAUGUGUGGUCUUAGCACCUGCUGGGCCCCAGAGAUCACGGGCAUUGUCUAGGCUAUACAAGGAUGACAGGUCAUCUUCCCUUGAAGAGUAUAGUAUUUUAGAGAAGAUAUUUCGCGACCAGCUCCUCACAGAAGAUGAGGUCACUACGUUCGCUGCGGGGUUAGUCCCACAUCAGCUCGCCCAGACUGCCGACGGGCUUACCGUGCUAGAUAAGGCAGUUAUUGAGCAUAAUCUGCUGGCAGCUUCUAGGCUGUACGAAAACAUUCGGGUAGAGGAUCUAGGUCUGGUUCUGGGUCUCAAAGCAACGGACGAUGUAACUGCAGGUGAAAAGGCGGAGGCCUAUGCAGCUCGAAUGUUAGAACAAGGAAGGCUGAAAGGAACUAUUGACCAGAUCGAUGGUGUGAUUAGUUUUGACUCGGAGGCCGAUGGGGAUGGGCGAACCGGGCGUAAUCUUCGACACUGGGAUGCAGGAGUGCAGACUCUCGCUGAAGACGUGGAAAAUGUAGCCGCAGCUAUUAUGGAUGAAUUUCCCGAAUUUUCUGCUGCCCAGUUGGUUCACUAG